AUUUAUUGGGCUUGUCUCGCUGUUGCUUGGUAUUCCUCUUUUUCUUCUGUUUCACUUCUUUAUAAGUGCUUGGGAAGUCUCGUGGCUGAAGUAUUAUUACAUGUCUAUCCAUUUCGGUUUCGAUCAACAUGGCUGAUAUCUCAUCGACCGAGAUCGAUCUCGCUGAGCUCUCUACCACCGCUGUUACCUUUCAUCCUUCGCGGGCUACUAUCACGAGGGAAAUUCCUGUUGCUGUGCAGCCCGGCCCUAACAAAAUCACCAUCCACGGUCUCGACCGCGCCGUCGACAUCGACUCCAUUCGCAUCGUAGGCUCCGGUCCCGCAACCGUCACCGACAUUCAAACCGAGUUCGUGAAACGUCGCGAUCCCCUUUUCUCCGAUUCCGAAGACUCUUCCUCCGAUGAAGACUCCUCGUUCUCUGAUGAGGAAGACACCGUCUGGACCCCGGAUCUCGAGUCCGCGAGGGCCAACGUUGCCUCGGCAGAGGAGGAAUAUCUCCGGGCGCAGUGUGCACAGGAGACUGCAGCGGCGGUGAUUGAUUUUCUGGAUCGGCAGAGUACGAGUUUCCGGGUGGGGUGGCAUGGGUUGAAUGUGGGGAAGUUGAAUGGUUAUUUGACGAUUUGUAGUACUGUGAGGGGGGAGAAGGCGUGGGAGCAUGCUCAGGCGGGGAUUAAGAUGAGGAAGGCGCUGGAGAAGAAGGGGAUGUGGGUGAGGAAGUGUGAGAGGUUGGAGGAGAAGGCGAGGAAGGAGAAGAGUAGGAGGUUGAAGGAGGUGAGUAAGGAGAGGCAGAGGAAGGUGAGGGAGAGGAAGGAGUUGAGGGAGAAGAGGGAGAGGGAGAGGGCUGAGAAGAGGAGGUUUUGGACACGGAUGGUUGGUCAGGUGGUUGUGCAUUUGGAUGGGCAGGAGAGGGUGGUCUCGAGUAGACGGGGUUCGAUGUGUGAGAAGCCGAAGAUUGUCGAUGAGGAAGAGGAGGAGAAGAAGGGGGUGGUGUUGCGUUUGACCUAUGUGGUUCCUGGAUUGUCAUGGACUCCCCGCUAUGAUCUCAGUAUCAAUACCCCCUCGUCCUCGGCGAAGUUGAUCUAUCGGGCUCAGUUCAGCAAUGUCAGCUCGGAGACUUGGCGAGAUGCCAAGGUUACGCUGUCGACUUCGCAGGCGUUGUUUGCUGGCCUUGGUGAACGGAUUCCCUCGUUGCAGACGUGGAAUUUGGUCGUCGAAUCGACUGAAAAGGGCAAAGACCAGCCAUCGUGGGAUAAGAUCCUGCGGAGCGUGCCUGAGGAAAAGGCGCUUCCAUCAGUCAAGUCGAACCACCAGGGAUUGGAACAGCAGCCACGCCCAAAGCCACUCUUCAAUCAACCACUAUUUCAGCCAGAGCCAGUCUUCGGUCGACCACCAACUCAAUGCACUCAGCCAAGCGCGUUCGGACAACCGACCAGUUCCAGCCUGUUUGGACAAGCACACAACCCAUCUGGGCAAGCAAGAGGUGGUAUUUUCGGCGUGUCUCCCCAGCCCUCUGCACCCGAUAGCACUGGACCGCCAGCGGUGGGAGCAUCGGCCUCCCCCUUCGCUCGACCGGUUGCAGGAGGCCUCUUUGGUGCCCCAGCUCAACCACCGACACUACUCGCCUCAACCGGGAAGCUAACACCAGAGUCGGGGUCGGAGUCAGACGACGAGAGUGUCACUGUGGAGGAGCUCCCCGUCCCGAGCCUCGAAGUCCAGGACUCUUUCAAGCAGGACUACGGCCUGACCACUACAUACGAACUACCUGGUCGUCGCAGUCUCGCGCCCUCCAGCGUGCCUCGUCGACAUGUCCUGGCGGAACUGGACCUCGAUUCGGUGUCCCUCGCCUACGUGAUCGUUCCCAAGCACCGCGCCGCAGCGUUCCUCCGUGCCGAAAUCAAGAAUAGCUCAUCCGUGAACAUUCUCCGCGGCAAAGUGGGCAUGACCAUCGACGGGACGUUCCUGGGUACUACUCAAGUGCCGAGCUGCUCGCCGAAUGAGUCGUUUACGCUGUCUCUGGGCGUGGACCCGUCCAUCCAAGUGACGUAUGGAAAGCCCAUCGUGAAACCAGUGACAGGUGGUUUCUUCAAUAAGGAGACGGCGGCGGUGUUCCGACGGACGUGCGUGGUGAAGAACACCAGGAGCAAUGCUGUGGAUGUCACGGUGAUGGAUCAGGUGCCGGUUAGUGAGGAUGAGCGGGUCGGAGUGCAGAUUCUGGAGCCAAAAGGGCUGAAUGUUUUGGGCGAUGAGGUGACAUUGCCGUUGGAGAAAGAAGGAAAGGGGACUGCUAAACUGGGAGUGAAUGGGGAGAUCAAAUGGGUGAUGAAAUUGGAGCCGGGAAAGGAGGUUCGUCUGGUGUUGGAGUAUGAAGCGAGAGUGCCGGUGGGAAGUGAGGUGAACGUAGCUUGAUUGGACUGGACUGGACUUCGUAUCAUAAGAGAAUGCUCUGAGCAACUGC